AUAUUCUCCGAGGACGAGGAAGUGUGCGGUGAGAAUUCAGCAGAGCAAGUCUGACAACUCACACAACCAGAACGUGAUUUUCAGCUGCCGUUUCAGGAGAAGAAAAAAAGAGUUUCAUCUGUGAAUCUGUGGCACUUUCUUAUAGACAGACGCCAGAUUAUAUUCUGAGGCUGCAAGAGUCAGAAGUGCGCGAGCUCACUCCGGAAAAACAACAGUGCGCGCGCUCGUUCUCACCAUCUGCAGGCGCGCUUAAAAGGUCUGCUAAGGGUCUGUGCGCUCGGGACCAAACAAAAACGAAAAUGUGCACGCACAACGCGUCUGCAAUGACUGAGUGGAAAACUGCGGAUUGGUGAAGUUGCAGCAGCAGCCGUGCGUGACAAUGCAUCGGAUAGUGCAGAGGAGGCGUGCAGGGCCGCUCCGUUCCGCGUGGUCGCUGCUCGGUGCCGUGGCGCUCGCGCUCGCCGCCUCCAGCGCCGUGUUUACCGCAUGGACGUGGCGACAAACCCGAGAUCUGACCAGGUCCGUCCAAAAUCUGCGCGACCGCUUGGAUCAGGUAAAUUUGCAGCGCAAGGCUAUUGUCCAGCUUUUCCUGGAGAAGAGGGAGCUGCUGGAGAGCCUGCGAGUGAAGAGAGAAGCUGGAGGGACAAAAAGAAAAAAUGGAAAUGGAAGGAAGGUGGCCUCUCACUUCGAGACUGGAGGGACAAAAGGUAAAAAUGGAAAUGGAAGGAAAGUCGCCUCUCACUUCGAGAUAACCAAAGAUUCCUUCAAAACAGUGGGGACUCAGGGGAUCAUUAAAGGGUGGACUGAACAAUACCUGAAUAUGAGUCAGGCCGUGGAGUAUAACACAGAGACAGGCACAUUUAAAAUACUUCGGCGAGGUGUCUACUUUCUUUACUGUCAAGUGCAUUUUAGUGAGCAAGCGAGUCAGUAUGUGAAGCUGGAAGUGACUGUCCCACAGGGCCCCUCACUUCAGUGCAUGGAGGGAUACAGCACCACUCCAACAACAGGUUUUAAACAGUUCCACUUCCUGAAGCCAUGCCAGGUUUCUGGCCUUCUUCUCUUAGAGAAAGGCGCCGAGCUUAAGGCAAAGACCGGAAGUGAAUUCACCCUGAAGGACUCAGGCAAACAUUACUUCGGCCUCUUCAAGGUGAACUAGUGGAUACAGCCGUACAGUUCAGCCUCACUGACUGCAUCGUUAUUCUGAGAUCUACCAAAGUCGAUACUCACUGGCUGGAUGAACCAUCUUUUUUGUUAAAAAAGUUAAACAUCUGUAUUUUUUUAUAUAUAAAUCUGACAUAUUGGAUAGAGUCCGUGCAGUCAUGGAGAACGUCUGUGACUGAGACAGUGAUGUUUCCAAAGGCACCUGAGAGUAGUUUAAAUGACUCUACACAUUCUAGUGCCUAAUAAUCAGGAUGGUAAAGACAUAAAACAAUGAAUGCUGGACAGUUACAGUGCAUCUUUUUUAAAUUGCAUUGGUUAGGACUUAAGUGCAAAAACACUGAUUGUAGCUUGAUGAGGACCUUGUUCCAGACAAAUGGCUGCCUUGCCUAAACAAUGGCAAAGGCAGGUUGAACAGAGGGUACAGUUUUGGUGACGUUAAGACUGACAUUACAAGGCGGACAUGUGAUUUUAUCAAUUGUUAAUUUGAACAAACAUUGGUUCUGACUAACUUACGGCUGUCUUUGGAUCAGUUCAGCUUUGAAUUUUGAUUUACCAAAUACACACUAAGUACUACUCUGCAUUUGUCCUUAUUACUGCCUUCACGGACACUUUAAGCGCUUUAAGUGCCUACUAUAUUGUUAUAUAAUGUUUUUUAUAUGAUUGUGAAAAUACAGUACUGAUAGGCAUGAAGUGGUGGUAUGCAAACAGCUUACAGCACUGCAUUUCAAUGUUCAUUGCUAUAGAUAAAUCAUAUAACAAAGUCACAAUAUACCCAUGUUGGUUUUUUUUGUACUAUGCACAUUUAGUUUUUAAAGUUUUCCAGCAGUAAAGUUACAGAAUUUAUACCAACUUUACUGCAUUUAGCCUCAUGGGUUAUACAUGUGUGAAAGAACUAGCGUGUCAUUUUGAUGUCUCUUGGGAUUAAGACUACCAUAAAAAGGACGGUUCAAUUAGAUCUGAAAUGGAAUGUUUGCCGUUUAAAAUGCACAUUGUGCUGAUUGGAUUUCCUAAUCCUACCUCAGCUUCCCUUUUGUAUAUCUGUACCCCCAUUGUUUCCCCAUGCCCUCAACUCUCACUUCCUUUAUCAUCUUGAGUAAAUAGCCAAAAAACUUGGAGGAGUAACAUAUUCCCAUUUGUCUCUUCCAUCUAGUCUUUCCCCCUUCUUCCUUCUGCCAUUUUUCUUUAUUUCCACUUUCUGGGGUUGCUCUUUGCACACAAUCCACACUUGGAUUGCUGCAGGGGUUUCUGCUGUUCACAAACAGCGUCCAAGAUAAACUCGUCUGGGUUGAGAUGAAGUGUGGAAUUGCUGUGUGUGUGUGUGUAUGUGUGUGUGUAAAUGUGAGAUCAGGGUAACUGCAAUGGCAGUUAAUAUUUCACGGCUCUUUAGCCUGAAUAUGAAACAAUAUGUACAUGGUGUACCUUUUAAUAUGAUAGACCUUAAACUAUCUCUUUGGCCAUUAAAAACCGGUUGACUGACUUAUACUAUUACACAAAGCCAAAACUUUAAACCGAACCUGAACGUUCACAAUGGCCAAACUGAAUGUGUGUGAGAGGUUGCAGUUUUUAUUUGUUAUAACUGUCAUUAAUUGAUUUUACACAAUAAAUAAGGUUAAAGAAAA